AAGUGUCAGCCACCAAUGGCUUCUUUGCUUACACUCUUCUGUCUCUCUCUCUUAUCUCUCUCCUCCUCCUCCUCCCUAAAUCUCCGCCGUCCAAUCUUCCCUCAAUCCAUCGGUCUCGAUCUCGACCGUCCAUCUCUCGCCGCCGAUGACAUCCACGAUCUUCUCCCACGCUACGGAUUCCCGAAAGGUCUCCUUCCCAAUAACGUCAAAUCGUACACUCUCUCCGACGACGGCGAUUUCACCGUUGACCUAAUUUCUAAUUGCUACGUCAAGUUCUCCGAUCAACUCGUUUUCUACGGCAAGAAUAUUGCCGGAAAACUCAGUUACGGAUCUGUUAUAGACGUCCAUGGAAUCCAAGCUAAAGAGGCUUUCCUUUGGUUACCAAUCACCGCCAUGGAAUCUGAUCCAAGCUCUGCCACGGUUGUCUUCUCCGUUGGAUUCGUAUCCAAGACUUUACCGGUGUCCAUGUUCGAAAAUGUUCCUUCUUGCUCAAGAAACCUAAAUCUUCAAGAUUCUUGAAUCCGCCUUAAGCGAUUUCAAGAUUCUCAAAUCAAACGAUUCAUUCCUACUUUUAUGUUGGUUUUGUAUUUCAGAAGUGUAUUCAAAUUGGACACUCAAAUCGGAUUCAAAAAUGCAAAUAUUUUGCCCUAAUCAGAUUAUGUUAUAUU